CAUCAUAGAACUCAUAAUACGUGUUCAAAACAAGAGCCAUACCUUAAUGGGAUCACUUCCAUGGACCAUAGCUCAGCACUUUCUGCCCAGGAAAUCACAAACCCAUUACUUAAAUUCCUCUGAAACUUCAUAAACUUUCAAAAACAAAUACUGGGUUUCGGAGAAUAUCAUCAAUGGCUUUGCAUUUCAGCAGUGCCUGCUUCUCUGCUUUUAGUCGGAGUAAGGUUCCUGCAGUUAGAGCUGUGGCUUCUGACCAGGGAAGUGUCGUUGUGAAGACAGCUGAGGAGGAAAAGGUGAAGCUUGGGGGUUCAGAAUUGAAGGUGACCGGGCUUGGGAUUGGGGCUUGGUCAUGGGGUGACACCAGCUAUUGGAACAACUUUGAUUGGGAUGACAGGAAAUUAAAGGCUGCUAAGGCUGCUUUUGAUACCAGCAUUGAUUGUGGUAUAACAUUCUUUGACACUGCCGAGGUUUACGGCUCACAGAUGUCAUUGGGUGCUAUCAGCUCUGAGACGCUACUCGGAAGAUUCAUCAAGGAAAGGAAACAAAAGAAUCCAGAUGUGGAGGUUGCUAUUGCUACAAAAUAUGCAGCUCUGCCAUGGAGACUUGGUCGACAGAGUGUUAUUUCUGCCCUGAAGGAUUCUUUGUCUCGUCUUGAAUUGUCUUGUGUCGAUCUGUAUCAGCUCCAUUGGCCGGGAAUAUGGGGAAAUGAAGGAUACAUUGAUGGUCUAGCAGAUGCUGUGGAGCAGGGUCUCGUGAAAGCUGUUGGAGUGUCAAACUAUAGUGAGAAGCGUCUUCGUGCUGCAUAUGAUCAACUCAAAAAGAGAGGUAUACCUUUGGCUUCAAACCAAGUAAACUACAGUCUGAUAUACAGACUCCCAGAGGAAAACGGUGUCAAAUCGGCAUGCGAUGAACUUGGGGUUGCCUUAAUCGCAUAUUCACCACUUGCUCAAGGUGCUCUUACAGGAAAGUAUACCCCAAAUAACACUCCCUCCGGUCCUCGAGGACAGAUCUACACCCCUCAGUUCAUGACAAAACUACAACCUCUGAUAAGUCGAAUAAAGGAGAUAGGAGAAGGCUACGGCAAGACUCCAACUCAGGUCGUGCUCAACUGGCUAAUUGCACAAGAGAAUGUCGUUCCCAUUCCGGGAGCCCGAAAUGGAGAACAGGCUAAAGAGUUUGCAGGUGCAGUGGGAUGGAGACUCAGCAACGACGAAGUGGAGGAGCUCCGAUCAAUGGCGUCGGAAAUAAAACGCGUCGUCGGUUUCCCAGUUGAGAAGUUAUGAGUUCCCUAAGCCUCUGCAUGCUAUUGAGCAUUCUUAUUACUUUUGAUCACUCUGUACAGUGUAUAAAUUUUUCUCAAAAUUUAUUUACUUGUACUAUAAUUUUUUCAGCACUGGGAGCACGACCUGUUGGGUAAAUUACGACGAGUUUUCCUAAAAUUUGAUAUAAUUACGAAUAUUCUCUCA